AUGGUUCAGUAUUUCGCUGUUUUCUUGGUUUUCUCUUUCUCUAGCGGUUCACUGGGAACAACCACCUCACCUCAGCAACAAAACACCGCAAAUUUAAAAGAUUUGUGCGAGGUAUGAAACAGUUAUUCUGUUUUAGCUGACAUUUUUGGGUCUCGGGCAGUGGGUGGACAAGAAAAUCGCAUCAAAAAGGUCUGCAACGGAGUUUGUAUUGGCACAAUGAAAAUGCCAGCUUCGUCAUGAGGCACCGUGCUCUUUCUGAGAUUUACGAUUUAUUAUUUAGUUGAUAGAUAACGUAAACCUCAACGUUUCUGUUGUUGUUAAGUCUGCGUUUUAAAAUUUGCCCCAAAGGUUGGUCUCGCGGAUUGUUCUGAUCUACCCAGUGUUAGAUGAAUUUAUUUCGCAGUCUUCUCAAUAAUAGAUGGGUAUCGAUUGACGGCGAAGCUCUCCUUUUUAGCUUUAUUUAUGAAGGCAAAAAGCAAAAUAAAAUACGGGGAGACUGAGCUUGGCUUAUUAAAAAGGAAUUUCUCUUUCCACUAUAAAAUGUCUAGUAAAUAUAUCCCUAGCUUUUAAGGUUUUUUUGGUGUUAAAAAUGUAUAAUUGAUUUAUCGUUAUUAUUAUUAAUAUCAUUGCAGUUAACGUUAUCUUUUUUUUUUCAUUUUUAUCAUUGUUAUCGUUAGUUUUUGGUUAUUACUUUGUAUAUCAUCAUCAUCAUCAUCAUCAUCAUUAUCAUCAUUAUUAUUAUAAUUUUAUUAUUAUCCUAGCAAUUAUUAGUUUAUUACCCUAGUCUGAAGAAUCUGCAUUCUUAACCAUAACCAAAGCUUAAACUUUUACGUGAUUUUGAAGCAUUUACACUUCUGAGCCGUGCAACUCUCUUUCUUAAAUCCUUGCAUUUUCCCGGCUUUUCCUUUUUCAAUUUUAACCAUUCGUGUAGUUCCCUGAGCGACUCCUAUAACCUGGCAAUUAUAUGACACCAUCCUUGCGUUUUAUCUAAAAAUAUUCUGUUCUGCCGAAGAUGUUCAAUAUCAUCAUCAUCAUCUUGAUUACAAUUAUUAUUUUAUUUGUUUCUUUCUUUAAAUAUCGAUAUAUUUUGUUUUGCUUAGGGGAUAACUGGGAGUUCGCCAAACCAUUUGAAUCCACCGCUUUCUUUAUCAAUAUAAGUAGCCUCACUGAAAUAAUCCUUUUUAAAAAAUUUCUGCUAGGUUAUUUAUUAAACUUCCUGUUUUACAUGGAUUAUUUUAGGUUUCGUGAAUUUUGAUUAAAAAUUCCCGCCGUUCUUCACUACUAACUGGAAGUUUACGCUUUUAUUCUCGCUUUGCCCAGAGGCGUACGGCAAUUUUUCGCCAGGACAGCGGUAAACUAUUUGCUUAAAAAAUUCUCGCAAGUUGCCCAAUUUUUUACGAAACAGUCAAAAAGAAAUGAGGGUCAUACGAUGCAACAACAUAGGCCUACAUAUGAAGUGAAAGUAUUUUUACAUAUGAAUCUAUUAUAUGAGCUCAUAAAAUACGUUAAAAGAAAUAGCUGAUAUUACAUGGCCGCGCGGUGAUACAAAUGAUUUCUCUUCGAGUGUUGAAAAAUAUUUCACUCGUUCGCUGUGUUCCUCGUGAAAUAUUUUUUUCCAAACAAGAAGAGCAAUUUUGUAUCUCCAGCGGCCAUGUAAUGUUCUAUUUAUUAUAUAAACACCAAUAAAAUACCAAACCAUUUCACUUUAGUUGUUUUUUUGGUGUGAAAGGCGCGAUUUAUCAUGUAGCCAUAGCAACGGUGACAUUUUCACAUUUGAAGAUAUCAAGUUGUCGAGCAAAAGCUCACCUGGUAUUUCAUUGGUGUUUAUACAAUAAAUAGCUGUCUUUGCCAUUUUGACUGCCGAAAAUAUCAAUGAUACGAUCCAUGUCAUUCUUGACAUCAAAAUCGCAUCAAAAAGUUUCGCAACCGAGUUUAUAUUUGCACAAUAAAAAUACCAGCUUUGACUCUUCUGUUGUUAAGACUGCUUUUCAAAAUUGGCCCCAAAGGUUGUUCUGACCUGCCCAGGUUUAGACAAUUUAUUUCGCAGUUUCUCAAUAACGAAUAGACGGGUAUCUAUAGACCGCCGUGUCAUAUCAAUUGAAUUGAGGGCGGAGCUCUCCGUUUUGGCGUUGUUUAUGAAGGCAAGCAACAAAUGAAAUGCAGGGAGACUUAACUUUGUUUUAAAAAGGAAUUUCUCUUUUCCACCACAAAACAUCUAAAUAUAUCGCUAGCUUUUAAGACUUUUUUGGUUUUAAAAAUUUAUCAUUCACUUAUCGUUAUUUUUAAUAUCAUUGAUGAUAUUAUUAUCGUUAUUUUCAUUUUUAUCAUUAUUAUCAUUAUUAUUUGGUUAUUAUAUCAUCGUCCUCCUCCUCAUCAUCAUCAUCAUCAUCAUUAUCAUUUUCAUUAUUAUUAUUUUUUCAUUAUUAUCCUAGUCUGAUGAAUUUGUAUUCGUCUCCAUAACCAAAGCUCCAACUAUUACGUGAUUCUGAAGCAUUUACAUUCCUCAGCCGAGCAACCCUCCUUCUUAAAUCCUUGCGCUUUCCCGACUUUUCUUUUUUCACUUUUAACCCUUUUGGUAACUCCCUGACAGGCGUUUCCUUGCUUUCACCCCUACCCCAGGGACUACUAUAACAAUUAUAUGACACCAUUCUUCCUUUGUAUCUAGAAACACGUCAUGCCGACGAUGUUCGAUGCCGCCAUGAUCAUUAUCAUCAUCAUCAUCUUGAUUACUAUUAUUAUUUCUUUUCUUCUUUCUUAAUUUUGUUUUGCUUAAUGGGAUCACUGGGAGUUCGCCAAGCCGUUUGUUCCAACCGCUUUCUUUAUCAAUAUACGUAGCCUUACUAAAAUAAUCCUUGAUAUAAAAUUCCUGCUUGGUUAUUUAUGGAUUAAAUAGGUUUUCGUGAAUUUUGAUUAAAACUUCCUGUUGUUCUUUACUACUAACUGAAAAUGGACGCUUUACCCAUAGGCGUAAGGGCAAUCGAAAGUAUUCUUACAUAUCAAUCUAUCAUACGGGCUAAUAAAACACGACAUAAAAAGCUGUCUUUGCCAUUUUAACUGCCGAAAAUAGCAAUGAUACGAUCCAUGUAAUGAUUGUUGACUACAGAGUCGGCAUAAGCCCUUUCAGUGUUAAUAAGUGCAAUUUAAUUUCAAUCCAGAUGAAAGGAAAUUUGAAAUGCACUACCGGUAAUUCGUUCAUUCCGUUGGGGGGCCAGAACAGACUUUACGUGUGUGACGCAGGCUAAACUGUGGCGCGAUUCUGGUGUCAGCUGCGUUUUUUUUGGGCGGGUUUACCUACAAGGGCUUGAAGGCGGCGCGAUGGCGUUCGUCUGAGUGCCCUGGCUUCUCGUAGUUCAAACUUCUUCAUUUUCAAACCCCAGCUGAUGCUAUCUGCCAUACGCUGUUGAAACGUUCUUCACUCCGACACUAGCCGAAGGUCUAAAUGUUCAAGUGGAGCGGAGAUGAUUCUAGAAAGUUAUGCGGAAGUUGAUUCUAAUCACGGCUGGAAAUUCCCCACACCAGCUAGUGCAGUGCAGCACAGUAACCAACAAUUACAGUCAAAACAGGUCAAGGGUACCCCCCAAGAUUCUAUUAAUGAAUUGAUUAUUUAAAAAAUGAAUCCGUUAGUAGUUCCCGUAACUGGUGUCAAAUUCAAAUCGGAAUUACUGCAUGCGUAAUGAGCAGUGAAUAAUUUACGAGAACUUGUCUGUAUUUGGUCAGAAUGAAAAUCUUUGAAUUAAUUAAAAUUCUUAGAAGACAUUUACAUCAAAUUCAGGGAAACUGAGCUGGUAGAAAUUUCGUAAAUGAAUCGCAUGUGAAUUCACGGCUCAUUAUGCAUGCAAUAAUGUAGAGAUGAAUCUGAAAUCUACAACUGCCAGCGGACUCAACUUUCGAAUAAUAAAUUCAUUAGUGGAAUUUUGGGGGGUACGCUUGACCUGGCUUGACUGUAAAGAACUAAAAAUGUGUAAAUCAACAUGAUACCCUUCAAGAAUAACCAUAAAGUCAUAACGUGCUAGCUAAUUGCUGUCUCUUGUGAACUUAACUGGUUUAAUCUCUUCGAAAUAAUAAAAAGGUUUGGAAACUUCUUUAAAAGUCGACUUUCCCACAUUUCUCUUUCUUUUUCUUCCACCAACACCCCCCACGUCUUCCCCGGUUUGUAUGCAUGUACUACGGCUUUGCCUCUAAUUUCUAAUUAACUACUCAGUUACUCUCGAUACAUUACCUCCAUUCACUGCUAUAAUAGGCUAUGGCUCUUUUAAUUAGACAUCUUUACUUUCAGAAAUCUAUACUGAGUCAUGGUUUUCCAGGCAUUCCAGGGUCAAACGGCAUGCCGGGAAUGCCCGGCGUGCCUUGGCCGCAGGGACCUCAGGGAAGAGAAGGUCCAAAAGGACAAAUUGGUGAUAAGGGAUCGUAAGGAGUGCAGGGUCCAAGAGGAAAAAGAGGGCGCGAAGGGUCCACCGGGAAGAGCGGGCCACCAGGAAUUAUGGGAAUAAAAGGUGAACCGGGGCUUGUGGGAAUAAAAGGAGAGCGAGGCAUUGUGGGAAAUCAAGGAAGAAAAGGAGACAAAGGAGAGAAAGGAGAAAGCGCCAAAGCAAGUCAAGCAAGUGUAGUACCACAAACCAACUGGAAACAAUGUGUGUGGAAAUCAGGCAGCGGUACUGAUAACGGAAAGAUUAAGGUAAACAAUAAACGCCCUAAAAGCUAAACACGAACUAUUUAUAAGUACCACAGAUGAUGUUCAUAGGUGGAAAAAGAUCGAAAAUCCGUUUUUCUGCGAUAAACUUGAAAGUACAGCUAUGACCUCAACCUCAUUGUCUCAGCCUUCAUCUCCAAUGAAAAAAUAAAAAAUAAAUAUAUUUAGACAAAUUGCUCAAUAUUUCGGCUUUAAAACACACCUUCUUCAGGGGCUAAAAUAAAAAAGAAAAUAAAACUAGAAUUUAGUUACAAAUAAGAAUUUGAAAAUCUGACAAUAAAAACAAUGGGUUGUUAUUGGUAUAGGAGACUACGUGGUAUUAUAUAUCAGUGAGCUUCGUCAAGUCUAUUUAUUCCAAGAGGAGAUAAUGUGUUCGCUUUGAGUAUUCAAUGAGCUUUUCGAGCCUUCUCACUGCGUCACAGUUGUACUGAUCCAGGUCUACAACUGGGACAUUCAGCACCACUCAUUGGUUUGUUGCUGUGGACUUGCUGAUAUUUUAAAUAUUAUUUCUUGUGUUAUUUAGCAUUAUUAGAGAUUUAAUCGUUUUUUUUUUAUUUAUUUUUUCUAGGACUGUACUUUUAACAAGUUGAAAUCGGACACGGCGCUCAAAGUCUCAUUCCAAGGAAACAUGAGGAUUUAUGGUGAUAAUAAGUGUAAUCGCUGGUAUUUCAAGUUCAAUGGAAACGAAUGCAGUGGAACAAUGACGAUUGAGGCUGUUGUUUACAACGACUGGUCAUCAGGGAACCCUAAUCUGCAUCAUCAUCGGUCAUUCGAGGGGUACUGUGAAAAUAUCUCACAAGGGGCGGUUAGAGUGGAAUUAUGGGUAGGACAGUGUAGUGGCUACACCCUGGGUAAUGCUCACACCGGCUGGAAUUCAGUGUCCCGGAUAAUGAUAGAAGAAGUAUCUAGGCCCCAGUCCUAA